AUGAUCAGGAACUUGAUCGGUACAUCGGCGAAGUCGGCCGGGGGCGGAGAUAUGAGCGGGGACGAGAACUCCUUCGACGAGUCUAUGAUCAGCCGCGACGAGUACGAGGCGGAGCGGCAGGACAGCGCGAAUGAGCGAGCCGUCAUCAGCGCCUCGGUGGAGGACCUGAAGGCCGAAAUGGCGGCGAGGUUCGCGGAGGUGCUGGCAGCCGUGCGUGAUCGGGACGGCGGGGCCGCCGCUGCCGGAGCUGCACCAGCGCCCGGGUAUGGGGGCGCGCGUGCAGCUGCCGGCGUGGCGCCGGCGUCCAUGUAUGGGGGCGCGAACGCGGGUUACGGGCUCCACCGCGUGGAGCCGAAUCCCGGGUUGCUGCAGGGCGUUGGUCGGUAUGGCAGUGGGGGCGGCUUAGACUUCACUCCCGCGAUUUCGUCCCCGUUUGGAGCGGGAAGCCUUCACAUCGACUCCGGGGGAUACGGGAUGGGAACGGGGAUGUCGCACGCCCAGCAGCGGAUGGAAAAGGUGAUCUCGGACCAGCGGGUGAACGCUUGGAGCUCGGUGAACAGCCGCAUGUGGUGGGUGGUGAUGGGAUGUUUUCCGCCGAAGUUAAGAGAAGGCGAGCCUGCAAGGGACGCUCUCCCGGCCUCCCCCCUCCCGGCUUUCCCAAACCUCGCGGCGUAUCUCCGGUCGGGAGGACUGAUCAAUUCCGCUGUGCGAGGCAAGGCCGGCAGUUCGUCGGCCGCCGCAGCGGGUGCCGGGGGGAAAGGCAGCAAGGCCAAGGACCAGGGGCCGUGCUACCAGUUCCAGAGAGACGGUACAUGUCGGUGGGGGAAAUACUGCAAGUUCGCGCAUGUGGCGCCACGGAAGGCCGGCGGAAAGGGAGGAAAAAGGUGGGGCAUCACUGGCGGCGGAGCCGAGGAGGGCGGCUCCAAAGGUAGCCCCUCCACCGUCGCCGACACUAACGCCCCUGCCGCCGCCGCCCCAGCGAAGUGGGCCAAGGUGGGAAUGGCCGGGACGAACACUCGCAGCAGUGCAAAGGGCGGUGCCGGCGGCGGCGCGAAGGACGAUGAUGAGGAAUAG